AUGCUGUGGGGGGUGGUCAAGUGUGGAGGCUGGGUCCUUCAAACUGAGGAUGCAAAGAUCUGGCCAGUAUUGGGAGAAAGGGUGGUUGGAAGACAAGAAAGGCAAGCCAGGCAGAGGGACCAGCAGGAGCCAGAGGACCGAGGUGUGAAAUACAGAGUGCUGCGUGACCCAGCGGUAGUUCUUAACCUGGCCAAGCCUCCGUUCUUUCGCCUUUGGAAAGGAGAGGAUGGUAAUACCCACUUCUUGGUGGAACUUGUGAGGACCCAGGAAGUUUUAGAAGUACUCGGCACCCAGGAAGCAUUCCAAGACUGGCUGAAGGGAUCACUGUUGUCACUGUGCUCAGAGCUUUUGCAAGGGCUCGAAGGUCCAGGGCCGCGGGCGCGCGCAUGCGCACGCGCACCCGGCCGGCCAGGUGAGAAUGAGGCGGCCGACCCGCACCUGGCAUUUAACCCUUCACCUUCACGGAAGUGGGCGGGACGGGUGCAGGGACCAGGACGCGGGGUCGCGAGCCCGCCUAGACUUAACCUCGAGGCGAGGGGGCUGCUCCUGAGGAGAGCGUCCAGCCGUUUCCAGGCCGGGGUCCGCGCGCGGCGCGGGGAGGGCGGGGAAGCGCGGAGGGGAGCGAAGUCUCGCGAGAUCGCGCGCGGCGGCGGUAGCGGCGGCGGCGGCGGCGGCGGCGGCGGCCCGGGAGGUGAGCUGCUGGCGGCGGCGGCUGCCGUUGGGGCUGAGGAGCGGGUGAGAGCGGCGGAGGCCGAGGGCCAGGCAGGGGAGCCGGCCGGGCGGGCGGGCGGCCCGCGUUCUGGGCGGCCGCCUCAGUCGGCCCCGCGGCUGCAGUGGAGUCGCCCGGUCCGCGCUGUCCCGGGACCCGAGCGGGCGCGGCGCGGCGGGGCGGGGCGGCCGGGCCGGGGCCGCGGGCUGUCGGGCCAGUCCCCUCGCAACCCGCGUCCGCUCGCGGCUGCGACCGCGGGACGCGCCGCCGGCGGCGCGUUGGCGCUGGAGGACGCGGCGCUGCCGGGGCCGGCAACACUGUUCAGUGAGCUUUAA